AUGCUGGCACUAAAUAGCUAUGGGUGCAGUAGAGCUGCGAGUUUGGUUAACCGUAUUGCAGUAAAUGCUAUCAUUUGUCGUUUUAUGAGUAGCAGUGAUAACGCCUCAAGACUUCUUGUGCAACAGAAUACCAAUGAAUCUAUUCCCCCUCCUAGAAAGUUGAAGGCCUAUUUGGAUGAGUAUGUUAUUGGACAGGAGAUAGGUAAGAAAGUCCUUAGUGUUGUAGUUUACAACCACUAUUUACGUAUAAACGAUAAGCAGAAGAAAGCAGAGCUCCAACGGCAGAGAGAAAUAAUAGAAGAAAGUAACAACAUUAGAGCUGCUGAAAGCACAAAGGAUGGUAAUGAUCCGGAUGACAACUCCUCUGGAAAAGAUGAUACUUCACCGAUAAGUGAUGUGAUUCAAAAACCAUAUAAACCUUCUGAAAAGGAAGCGGGUAUGAGAAACUUGAAAAUGCAAAUUGACAUGAAAUUAGAUCAAGAGGACCAAGAUUUGGAAUUAAGUAAAAGUAAUGUAUUAGUUAUUGGUCCAUCAGGUUCUGGUAAAACAUUGCUUGCCCAGACAUUGGCCCGCGUUUUGGAUGUCCCUAUCGCUAUUUCUGAUUGUACACAAUUGACUCAGGCCGGUUACAUUGGUGAAGAUGUAGAAGUAUGCAUUGAGAGAUUGCUCGUAAAUGCUAACUAUGAUGUUGCAAAGGCUGAAAAGGGUAUAAUUGUACUGGAUGAAAUUGACAAACUUGCCAAAUCUUCCAGUUCAUUUGGUACAAAAGAUGUAUCAGGUGAAGGUGUUCAGCAAUCUUUAUUGAAAAUUAUAGAAGGCCACAAUGUAGAAAUUACGGUUAAGAAGCCCGUUAAGGUUGGAACUGAUAAGAACAAUAAUCAAACUACUGCAAAAAAGGAUGAAACAUUUGUUAUUAAUACUUCAAAUAUUUUAUUUAUGAUAAUGGGUGCAUUUGUUAAUUUGGAUAAAAUAGUAGCAAAGAGAAUAAGGAAGUUACAGAAUAAGGAAGAAAAAGAUGGGGAAGAAGAGGAUAUGAGCAAAAGUUCAGCUUAUAGCAACAGUAUUGAAACAAUUAAUUUGGAAAACGGCAAACAAACGUCAGCAUUGAAUCUCGCUACACCAACUGACCUUGUGUCCUAUGGUAUGAUUCCUGAAUUAGUCGGGCGUGUACCAAUAAUAACAGCACUUGAACCACUUCAGUCCAAUGACCUUUUCCAUAUUCUAAAGGAGCCAAAAAAUGCCCUUUUUGAUCAAUAUACUUAUAUCUUCAAGCAAUUUGGUGUCCGUUUAUGCAUGACUGAUAAAGCUCUUAAGAAAGUCGCUGAUUUUGCGUUAAAGGAAAGGACAGGUGCAAGAGGACUGAGAGGUAUUAUGGAAAGACUACUGUUGAAUGUCAAUUAUGAAUGCCCAGACUCAGGAAUCUCCUAUGUUUUAGUAAAUGAGAAAACGGUUGAUUCUUUGCAGCAAACAGAAUACUCACUGGCAACCCAUGUAGAGGCCAAGUAUUAUUCUAGAGGCCAAGCUGAUGAACUUAUAGCAGACGUUUAUGCUGAAGAUGAAGCUCUUGGACGAGUGUUGGAUAAGGAAUUGGGAAGGACCUCAACAAUUGCAAAGAGAAAAGAGCAGUCAAAAUUGUUGCAAGCUCAAUAG